AUAUUUUAUUGACAUUGCCACCUUUAAUUUUCUUGAGAGGUACACAAAAAAUAAAACCAAAUUUUUAGAUAAUGGUGAUAAAUAGAUCAGUGAUGAAAAUUUUCAAGCAAAGUGUAUUUAGAAAAUGAUUCUAUAUUCUUAUUUUAUUACAUCAAAUGUCAAAUAUUGAUUAAAUUUAGUGCGGGAAUGCAGGUGCUCGUAGUGUAAAAUUGAUAUUUUGGUAUUCUAAAUCUUUUUGCGAAAAUUUAUCAAUUAUACCAACUUUUCAGUGUGUUUUUUAAGACGGGUCCAUAUGACUUUUCGCAGUGAUUUUAAUAAUUAAUCUUUUAUACACAAAUGAAAAUGGCAUUGAGAACAAACGUCAGAUUAACAUCGAGACCAAAGUGGCAAUAAUUUUUAUGCAUGGAAAAUAUUAAUACAUAUUUAUACAUUUUCGGUGGUUUGAGUUAACACGAUGCAACAGAGGGGCUCAACCACGACAAUGGAUAACGAAGUGACCGACAAUUCAUCGUCGACGCCAUCAUCAAGAGUUAGCAGAAAUAAUUCGAAGUUAAAAGUUCUAGUCAGAAGCCAUGCUAUGCGCGAGGAAACGUCCCCGCCAAGAGAACCUAGUCCGAAUCUUCAGCACCACCAACAACAAUAUCAUCAAUCAGAAACGCCGCUUCUGUCACCGCGUAUUACCCUCAUUCCAUCACCCGAAAUUUCGUCUUCUCCGUUAGUCGUCUUGAGUCCUUCUACAAAUUCACCCUCUAUUUGCAAAUCUCCUCAGUGCCUGUCACCUACAUCCACCUUAGUACCCACUUCUCCUAAUAAUUCUAGAAGUUCCCCGAACCUGUGCGCUUCCGUUGAAAAUAUCACUCGUAUAGAAAGGCUGCAAUCGGAUUGUUUCGAAGAAGGAGUUACUGGUGGUUAUGUGACAUCUAGUCCAAAAUUCACGAACAAAAACUCAUCAAAACUAACUAGUCAUAGUUUUAAGAAAAAGAAUUCGUGCGAAUGCCAAACUCCGAACUGCCUAAAAUGUACGAAGAACCAAGAAAGAACAAUUAAUAACAACUUAACGAACGUCAAUAAUAACAUGACGGGGAGUCCGAAUACUCUCAUGGUUGCUAGGGUCAAUUCCAAAGGGAAACUAAGACAACAAAGUUCUUCGUUAGGCAGCUUCGACAGUUCACUCAACUCCCCUUGCUUGUCUAGAGAUAGUAGUUCUGAGUUGUAUACAGAUACGACUGGCGUAGACUUAGAACAGUUCAUUCCCGAAACACUCAACAGGAAUGCUAAAGAUAGAGCACUGAUGCUUCGAAUAGAACAAGAACUAGUCAAUCUUGCCAAAGAUAAAUGUAAAACCCAUUACAAAUUUCCGCCCAUGUCAUCGUAUCAGCGAAUGCUUGUUCAUAGGUGCGCUGCCUAUUUCGGUAUGGACCACAAUAUAGAACCAACAGGAAAAUCAGUCAUUGUCAAUAAAACAAAGAAUACUAGGAUACCUGAUAUAGAAUUUAAGGAACACGUUAAAGAUGACAUUAUUUUUAGCGAAGAACCAAGGCGAUCGAUUUUAAAACGAGAUUCAAACAGUAUAGAUGAUUAUAGUUUUAAAUCGCCGGAUAGGUCUUUUGGAUCCGAAAGUCGAAGGAGUAAAAGUAUUGAAGAAAGAGAGGAGGAAUACGAAAAAGCCAGAAGAAGAAUAUUCAAUAGAGAGUUGCGGGAUGAAUCAUCUGAAGAUUUCGGUUGGUCUGAGAUGCCUUGGUCUAGUACGGAGAGUGAAUAUUCUGCUAGAUACCGUCUUCAAAUGCCAGAAAUGCACCACAGGCACUCUGGGAAACUGACGAAGGGACAUUCGGAAGAAACUGGUGAAGCAUUAAGGCCUUGCGUGGCUAAAAGUUAUAGUUUCGGAGGUUAUGGCGGAAGCGUAUCAGUUCUAAGUAGAGGCGAUAGCGUCAUGUCGACACAUAGUGCUGGACCUCGGUUUCUCACCAAACAAGGAAGGAUAUUUCUAGAUUCGGGAGCCAGUUCGGUCUCGUGGCGCUUAAGCCCUUCCAGUUCCGGCUACAAGUCGCAGUCUCAGAUGUCUGAAUCAGUUACACCUUCACCUACGUCUACACCGCAUCCAAGUACUGACGCUAGGGAAGAUUCAAAUUGCGAAGAAGAUCGACAAGAUACCGAGUGUAUAGAGAAGACCGACGACAAUCACGUCGUUUGGGCGGUAACUGAUCUCCAGGACGUUCCUAAAGGUUGUCUCAUCAUCAAUCCCCAAACAGGUCAACCGUUGAAAAACGAAGACGGUACACUUUAUCAUUACGAUCCAGAUAAUCUACCGCCUAGUAUCGUUCAAACGCCGUCGAAACCUCCACCGCCAUCACCGCACAAACAACAACAAUCACCUAAAAAGUCUCAAUCGAGAAAAUCUCACGUUACUAAUAGUUCUACAAGUCCUAGUUUACCUUUCUCUCCACCGCUAUCCACUACUACAUCAGAUAGUCAAAAGAAUUUUCCUUACGCGCAAACAGAUCAGCAACAGUAUCCUAGUUUUCACGCUACGUACAGUUCUCCACCUUCAGUUCCAGAACCAGCUCCAGUUUACCAACAACCAUAUAUAGUUUAUUCGGCACCUUAUGGUGUUUACAUGCCACAACAAUAUGAUGGGAGAAUGGAAGUACCAUCGGCAGUCACAGUAUCUGAAGUAGCAAACAAUGCGUAUUAUUUACCAGAUAAUCCAGCACCUCCUCCACCGCCUCCAGCGGCUCAACCAAUCGCUUACCAACCCACACAACCGAAUCAAUUUUGGAAUCAACCAAUUGCCUAUUAUCAAAAUAAUUCUCAAGCAACGACUGCAACUCCACCAAGAUAUCCAUCAGUACCACUCCAAAACCCCGCUCAAGCAGCGUUCAUUUCACCAGGUUAUCCUCAACCAAAUUUUAUUACUCCUUCAUCUCAUCAAAUUCCAACGGCAACUGAUAUACCAUCAGUAUAUCCAAAUCAACCGGUGCAGGUAGUAUAUCAAAAUCAACCUCCACCACCGAAUACUGUUUAUUAUCAAAAUCAACCGCCUAUAAUCUACAGUCAGACGCCAAUGUAUCAAUCUGCAACGUCCGGUUUUCCACCUCAGUUAUCACAUCAACCCAUUGUACAUCAACCCAAUCUUCCUGCUUAUCCCCAAGGUACUUCAACUCCUAACGGUUGCCAUUCUAGUACAGGAGCCGAUCAACAGACUCUAUACAACUUGGCACAAAGCAUACAGCAUAUGAAUUUGGGAGGAGGAAGUGGUCCAUGUCAGUCUUUUUUAGGAAAUAAAGUUCCACCAGCACAGUAUGAUUUCCGACAAAGACAAGUCAAUAACGGUCUAAAAGGAAAACCGUUCAAAUGUUUUCUAAUGGGUUCGAGUCAAAGUAGUACUGGAACUAAUUCACCAGCCGGUACAGUGAUAGCCGCAUACUGCCCUCAAAACCCAGGGACUUAUAGAACACCAACUGAAACGCCACCACAUCAGUUUCCGUUUCCACCAAAUUUUACACCACCUGCCAUUUUUAAACAGGUUCCAAAUAUGAGAGCCACCACACCAGGUACAGCUAAGAGUAGUCGAUCUCCAACACCGGCAAGUGAUGUUACAUAUUUCGAUAGACAGAAAAUGGCGUUGCCCACAAAUGUAUACCCGGGUAUACCUUAUAUGGUACCCAGUGGUGAUCCUAGAUUAAUUUCCGGAAGAGGUCAACCGAAUGUUUAUCGACCGUCAUCCGCACAAAUGAACAGGCCGGUUACAAAUCAAGGACCCGAUAAUCGAACUAAAAGUCGAAAACCGAAGACCAACAAGCAGACUGGGUUACCGCCAAGUGGGAAAUAGAUUUAAGAGAGGUUUAUAAGAGUUGAUUAUAAGAUAUGCAAAAAAAAAUAAUAAAACAAAUAUGAAAAAUGUUGAAAUUACUAAUUUAUUGUUCAUGUAGGUUUUAAGUGUUUCGAAAUUUGUUGAAAAAACGGAGGUAAGGAGUUCCUUUAUUCGUUUUAGUGCCAUUUUGUAUUAUUUAUUCGUAUUUAACUGUAAUGUAUGUACUUCUUUUUCUAAAAUAUUAACUAUCCAUACUCCUAUAAACAUUUUAAGUACUUAUAACGUUACUUCAGAUUUAAUUAUACUCAUUUUUUCCAAAAUUUAAUAAAUAAAAUUUAUUUUUACCAUA